UCUGUCAGGUUCUUGUUCUUCACAUAAAAAUCUUCACUGGAUUCCAUUAAUCACAGUCACCCUCCUUUCUUCUAAAACAGCUCAACAAUUUUCCUUAUAAAAUCGAAAAUAUUACAUGCGGCAAGCAACUUGCAGUGAAGAAUUAACGGAGAUUAGUCAACUUUAUUGUCUUUGGCUUUGUUCUGGAAGGAUUCUCCGAGACUAAAAUAUUCAACACAUAUAUGAAUAUGACUAUGUGUGCAUAUUGAACACGCAACUAGUCAAAAAGCGCGUGAUUUGAGCCGCUGAUUUGACUCAGAAGGAACGAAGCGAUCAAGAACACAGCGAUUUGGUACAAAAUGGGUUCCUGUUUCAGUGUUCGAUUGAAAAUCGAAAGCUCUCGGCAUGAUGGUAAGGUAACAUCUGCCUCAGUUCCCCCAAGCCCUCGAAGCCCAAGAAGCCAAGAUGAGAUUUUGCAAUCAGGAGAUUUAAAGUCUUUCAGUUUCAAUGUUCUUAAAACAGCUACAAGAAAUUUUAGACCCGAUAGUGUAUUGGGUGAAGGUGGAUUUGGUUCAGUUUUCAAAGGGUGGAUCGAUGAACACUCACUUACAGCUGCAAAACCAGGUACAGGAACAGUCAUUGCAGUCAAAAGGUUAAAUCAUGAAGGCAUUCAAGGUCACCAAGAAUGGUUGGCAGAAAUCAAUUAUUUAGGGCAGCUUAAUCAUCAAAAAUCUUGUAAAAUUAAUCGGUCAUUGUUUGGAAGAUGA